GUCGUCCUGAAGUUACCAUUAGCAACUGGGCAGCGCCCGACUCAGCUCCCAGCUCCUCCACCGGAGCCUCUGCUGCUGCCGCUGCUCGCUACUGAAGAUAAAUUCACCCAGAAUUAACAGUAACGGUCCCAACGGUGACAGACAAGUGGAUCCCGGGCCCCUAGGAUGUUGGAGAGUCUGACUAUGGUUCUCAGCUGAGGUCACAGUGAAUGGCGCUGCCAUGUUGCCAGGAGUGGGUGUGUUUGGCACAGGGAGCACAGCCCGGGUGCUGGUCCCACUGUUGAAAGCUGAGGGCUUUGAGGUUCAUGCGCUCUGGGGCCGAAGCGAAGAGGAGGCACGCUGCUUGGCCAAGGAGCUUGGAAUACCAUUUCACACCAGCCGAUCUGAUGACGUCCUGCUGCACCAGGAUGUCGACCUCGUUUGCAUCUAUAUUCCUCCCUCAAUGACGAGGCAGAUUGCUGUCAAAGCACUGGGUAUAGGAAAGAAUGUUGUGUGUGAGAAAGCUGCGACCGCUGUGGAUUCAUUCAAGAUGGUGACUGCCGCCAGAUACUAUCCCCAGCUGCUCAGCAUUAUGGGUAAUACCCUGCGCUUCCUGCCAGCCUUUGUUGCAAUGCGUCAGUUGCUGGUGGAGGGGUAUGUGGGUGAAAUGCAGGUGUGCGAUGUUCGGGUCUACGGCCCGAGCCUCCUGGACCAGUCGUACGGCUGGACCUGCGAGGAGCUGAUGGGAGGAGGUGGUCUGCACACUGUCGGCUCUGCCAUCAUCGACCUUUUAAGUUACCUGACUGGUGCCCGAGCCCAGCGCGUACACGGCUUACUGCGGACUUUUGUAGAACAGAAUGGUUUGAUCCGAGGCAUCCGCCGCGUCACCAGUGACGAUUUCUGCUUCUUCCAAAUGUUGAUGGGUGGAACUGGCUCUCGCUCUGGUGGUGUGUGCUGCACCGUGACCCUGAACUUCAACAUGCCGGGGUCAUUCGUGCACGAGGUUAUGGUAGUUGGAUCCACUGGGAGGUUGGUUGCCAGAGGCACAGAACUGUAUGGUCAACGCAACGGGAGUAACGGUGAGGAGCUGUUGCUAGGCGACAGCGGGUGGGAGGGGCCGGAGUUGAAAGAGAUGCCCCUGCCUCACCUGCGGGGGCUGAGCUCCAUGGUGAAGGCACUGAGAGAGUCUUUUCAGGCUCACGAGGAGCGCAGGUCAUGGGCGCAAGGACCAGUUGCCAUGGCACCAACAUUUGAGGACGGUCUGUAUGUGCAGACGGUGGUGGAGGCCGUGAAGCGGUCCAGCUGUAGCGGAGAAUGGGAGUGCGUUGAGAUCAUGAGUCAGGAGCCGGAUCCCAACCACAACUUGUGCGAGGCUCUGCAGAGAAAUAAGAACUAAUUCUAUUUAUACAACCAGUGCAUCUACUACAUGUCUGACUAAACUGGGCUCUGAAUGUCGCUCCUUUUAAUUCUGUUGCUUUGGCAGUUUACAUUACACAUGACUACUUUGUAUUUUCACAAUUUGAUCAGAAUAUUUUGAUUGAGAGAAUAUAAUUGUGUCGUAGAUGUUUGUACCCUCACAGUUGCUAUUUGCUUUUACACUAAAUUGUCAUUCACAGCUCCAUUAUUCAGAUUCUCAAAAGCUCUGUAUUGAGUUAAUUGUGCCAAAGUCUACCAUGCCAAAAAAGUAGACAUGAUCCACAAUGAUCAGAUAUUCAUUCGCUUUAUGAGACAAUUUAACUAACUCGUGGAGUCGUGACUGCACAUUUCCUCCCAAACAAGACUGAUAUGUGGCGCAUGUUAUUAAAUCACCACACCUUUGUCAAAUAUUGGCCCAAAUCAAAACUGCUCAGCUCUCAAAAACAAGGGAAUAUCUCACAAUAUUUUCACUUUAAACAGAUUGCGUAGGCACAUGAAUGUAGAGAGCAAAUUAAGUACCUUAUCCUUAAGAUAUGCCAGAAUGUUUUUUUCUUUUUAGACAUGCUAACCCGGUGCACAAGCAUAUACGCAAUACUGGCUUCUAACAUUCCUUUGCAAAAAAUUUGGGUCAUGAUCAAUUUUUGAGAAUCACAAGAGUUUGUAAAUAACCACUGACAAAAUGUUUGUGUCCAGCACAGUCUGUACAAGGUGUUAAUUCAGACACUGUGAGGUUGAAAUCUAACUGAAAUUUACAGUCCAACAUUUGAAUCUCUACUGAACAUAAUAUAUUUUCUAAAUAUUUGGGUGUUAUGUUUUCCCAACACGAAAAAGCACCUUGUGUUUACCACAGGCUUGAAUGUGAAUAACAAAGCAUGAGGGUGAUUUGAAUAAUAAAAUCCUUCGCCGGCUGCAGAAGGAUCACUGUCGGAAUACAAAUCACAAACCAGUGGAGAUUAGCCUGUGUAUAAUUCAGAAUAAGAAUACUGGAGCUGUGUAGUCUUUUAAAGAAAGUGUGUAAUAAUAAGCAGAGAUUCAAAUUGUUGAAAAUAUUGCAAGAAGGGCUUGUAGGUUUUUUUAUAUUAUAAGCUGCCGUGACACACAUAAAAUACCAGGGAUUAGAAUAAGCUAUGUAGAGAAAGGAAUAAUAAAAUGUCUGAUUUGUAGCAUUGCCCCUCAAAAUCCCCCUUUCUUAUAGUGAUUCUUCAUUUUAAAUGAAACUUUAGAGUAUCACUUAAACCGUAUAAGCACUCAGAGGAAUUAUGAAGUUGUAGUUUCCUGCUUUACAGAUGUACCAGCUGUGAUGAGCUGGAUUACACACAUUUACUGUGGACUUCAGUAGAGACAAGUUUUCAUGGUAUCAAAAACAUUUAAACCCCUCAAACCACAGCAGCAUCUUCUCAGUAUUUUCAGCCAUAAUAAAUAAAUUACUGCAAGCAGUUUCAAGGAGGGUGAUAGUGAAACACAGAUUCCACAUUUUUCGUGAUAUUUGGGUCCAUAUUGACUGUUUGGCACAAACACACAACAUACGUAAAGACAGAGGUGAAUUGGCUCAGAUGGAUUUAUAGGAUUGUUAGUACCUGUUUUCUGCUGUAAAGACCUGUCACCAGUGGUCAUCUAUUUAACCGCUGAAAGUGACUGAAGGAGGAAACUACCAGCCGCCUGUUGGUUUUACACAUAGGACAGAUUAUAGGUGGAGUAACAGGUUGAAAAUUUACAUAAGCAGAAACAGGUUUGUCCUAAAAAAAGCGACCUUUCAUUGUUCAACUGUCAAAACGUUUUUAAUACAAAGCCAGAGUUAAAAUGUUUCAAAAUUUUGUUUACAUGUGUUUACAUGUUCCUUUGUUUUCACAAGAUUGAGUUUCAUCGGUCUUUGCAUUUAAAGUUAUUACAGAUGUAUAAAUCCAGACAGGGGGGGGCACCACCCCUCCUUGUUUUGCAACAGUCACCCUGAAUCAUUGCUGAGCUUUUCAUUGAGUAGAACCACUGGAUUUGACGUGCGUGAGAGUAGAAACGCGUGCCUCACCAACGUGUUUACACAACGAGGCAGGAAGUGUUGGUUUGCGGUUGUUAUAGUCGCUCACUGCAUCUCAGUUCUGCUGAAUAUCCUAAAUAAUAUUAAAUACAGAUGCACGCUUACCUCACGCUUUCCCAACAGUGCUUUCCAAAAACCCUGAAUCAAGUUUACAUUUAGUGUUUUUAAUACAUUUGCCUGCAGGAUGAUCCAUAACCCACCACUUUUAAAAUACAUUCCAACUGACUUUCACCAUCUUGUUGACAGUUGUAUUCGUUUUGUUUUUUGCACUGAAAACUGAUAAAAUGCCACCUAUUUAAUAUGCAGUGCAAUGCUUGUACCAGCCAGCUCACUGCAAAAAUUGACUUUACAUUUGUCUGUGUAAGGAAGACAUUUUGUAUUUAUUUAUGUUUUGAUGUGGAGAAGGUUUCCCUCAGUUCAUUCUGUUCAGUGUUUGUGUUUUCAGCGUGUGAAUAUUUCUGUUAAAAGCUGUUAUAUUUAUCUUGUUUCGCUUUAACUGUUGUUUUAAUUGAUAAUUUGGCUUUUUGAGCACAAUGUGUUUGAGUUGGGUAACUUUACUGUUCAUCUGCCUGACAAACAUUUCCUUUAAUAAAUACAAUUGUCUUCAUUUAGUGCCUUUGGUCAGACCUUGGUUGAUUACUUCUGUAAAAAAUGUAUUGUUCCUGUACUUGCCAACAAAGCCCUUUUGUGUAUUUGAAAA